AUGGCAUUGCACCCUCAGGUCCAGGGAAACAGCAAAUAUCACUAUUAUGGAAUCCGUGUUAAGCCUACAUCUCCACUUGUGAACUUGGCGGAUGAUGGCACACCGCUGUCUCUCCGGCAACAGACUUCAGCUUCACAUAAUAAAAAAAACCAGCAGCAACAACAGCAAUCACAACAGCAACAGCAGCAGUCAAAUCCAGGUGGACAGAAUCAACAAGGAAAAAGUGUAACAUCCAGUGUCCAAAAGCAGAACUCGGACACCCAAUAUGACUCUCACACACAAGUUCCUGCUGAAGCUUCACCUCAGACCUUACAACAGCAGGAAUACUUGGGAGAUAUCAGUCGAGCUGUGCCUAUGUUUGGAGAUGUAGACUUUGGAUCCACACCAUUACCUGCUGGAGUUACGAGGCCCCACUUACAUACUUUCACAGUGCUAUACCGAGAGCACUGUGAAACUAUUCUAGAAGCUGUAUAUAAUCUUCAGAGUACAGUAAAACCACAGAGACAUGAACACCAACAAGACAAGGUUUGGGGUAAAUGCAGGAAGGUCAAGCGGUCAGCCCAGUGGGGCGGAAGGGACCGCCUGAAGCCCUAG